CUAAUGUUUUGUUAACACUUUAGUUUAAAAAAAAUUUAAAUAGGGUAACAUUUAACAAUUGAUUGGUAUGAAGGAAAUACAAAGGAGACAAUGAUAAAGGAAGAAAUGAGGAAUGGCUGGGAAAAUGAAAUUAUUUAAAAUAAUGAUCUUCAUAUAAUAACAAUAGAAAUAAUCGCUUUUAAGGUACUAAAUUGUUAAAUAAGUAUGAGCUAAUGAUAAAUUAAAAGUAAAUAAGAGAAUAUUAGGCCUCAAUAUGAAAUGUAAAGAGUACUUUAAAAAAUAAAUGAAAAAGAAUGACAUAAUAUAAGGAAAGAUCGUAUAACAAUCGAUAGUUAAAUUAAAUUUGAAGUUUGUAAGAAACUAGAAAUGGAAUUUUACCAUUUUGAAGAAACUUGACAUAGAAAGAUUAAAUAAAAGUAUUUUUUAUAAGUUUAUAGUCAAAAGUGGAUUGAUUUUAAUUAAAGUAAUUAAUUACAUUAAAUCAUAAAGUAAAUGAAAAGAUUGAUAUUUUUAAUGUGUGGUAAAUGGUAUGGAAAUGUUGAAAAUUGUGUUCAAAGUGUUCAAAAAUAAAUGUUAAGUAUAUAUUGAGAGUUAAGGG